UACCUUUAGAGAGAGAGUAAUCUAUGUGGAGAAAUUAUUUUAUUAAGCUCAUCUUUAGCAUACUAGACAGAACUUGAAGUCUAACUUUAAUGUUGUACAAUAUAUUUUAAUGAGGAACCAAUAGUAACAAUUUAAAUUCUAUUGUCGUGCAUUGAAAAUCUUCCUCAAAGUUUAAAUGCACACAUUGAUGCAAUCUUAUUAUCUAUUAUUAUCGUUUAUAUAGGUUAUAAAUCUUAAAUUUAAUUAUUUAGGGUAGAUGUACUCUUAAGAAUACAAGAUAAUUGAUAAAAUAAAAAUACCAAGAUCAAAAUGUCCACCAGAUGGUAUCCUCUGUAUCAAAAAGGUAAUCCACAGCUUAGGAUAUUUUUGCCAAACUUUUGGCUAAAAUUAAUUCAACCAAAAUAUAAACAACCCAAAAAUGUAGUACAAUUUGAAUGCUCUAUGGAAAUGACAAGAUACGAUGUGAUUAAUUAUUUAGACAAAAUUUAUAACGUUAAACCUGUUGAUGUGAGAACAAGAAUAGCACUUGGAAGAUGUAAAAAACUACACGGUCGUUAUUAUGUUAUUAAAGAAGAUGAUGUCAAGCUUGCUUAUGUUGUUUUAGAUAAAAAUCAAUCAUUUACAUUUCCUGAUCUUUUCCCAGAAGAAAAAAACAAACAAGAACCAAAUUUGGAUGAUGUAAAACAAGAUUUUAAGUUAUAUCUAAAAGAUUGUAAAGAACCAAGUGAUCCUGGAUGGUUCAGAAUUUAGUUUUCAUAUAUUGAUCACAUUAAAAAAAAUAUUUUUUCGUUCCUAUUAUUUAAAGAACAUAAUCUAAUAUAAAAAGAAAAACAAUAAAGACAGUUUAGUUUUUAGUAACAUACAGCAAAAUUUGUAAACAUCGAGUGUUGUUUUUAUCUAUUGAUAAAUUUAUUUUCAUUUUGUCUAAAAUUAGUAAUUCAGUAAAAAAAGAAGGUUAGUUAUAUAAAAUGAUAAUGUACAGAUUAAUUUAUCGUAAUUGUCAUCAUGAGAUCAUGUUCUCUCAACAACGAAGACAUUUCGUAACAUUUUAUAAUCAAUAAAAAAAUAUUAGAGUGCAAUAUUACGAUGUUUGUUACAAAUACAUUGAUCCAAUGGAAAA